AUGGCGUCUCUCCUCUUCGUCCCGCGCCCCACCCGGAGCCCGUGCGCGAAGCCCGGACGCAGUGCCACUCACAAGCCUAGGCCCGUCUCCAUCACCUGCGGGCCGCGCGACAACCGCGGGCCCCUCCAGCGCGGCCGCUCCCUCUCCACGGAGGCCAUCCUGGCGAUCCAAUCCCUGAAGCGCCUCACCUCCGCCGACCGCUCGCCGGCGGCUGCCUCCGCCGCCGCGGCCUCCGCCCUGGGCCGCCUCCUGAAGGCGGACCUCGUGGCCGCCAUGGCCGAGCUCCAGCGGCAGGGCCACUGGUCCCUCGCCCUCGCCGCGCUCCACGUCGCCCGCGCCGAGCCCUGGUACCGCCCGGACCCGGAGCUCUACGCCACCUUCGUCUCCUCCGCGCCGGCCUCGCCCUCCGGCGAGAGCGAGAGCGAGGGCGAGGCCGAGGCCGCCUUGGACGCGCUCGUGGAGGCGUUCCUGGAGGAGAAGGCGCGCGGCGGCGGGUUCGUGGACGGGAAGGAGGACGUGUACAAGCUCACGAGGCUGCUGCGCGCGCUGGUGGCCAAGGCCAGGGGCCGCGCGGCGUGGAAGGUGUACGAGGCGGCCGUCAGGAAGGGCGGCCUCGACGUGGACGAGUACGUGUACAGGGUGAUGGCGCGGGGGAUGAAGCGGCUGGGCCUCCACGAGGAGGCGGCGGAGGUGGAGGCCGACUUCGCCGAGUGGGAGGCCACGGUCUCGCCGCCCGCCAGGGACGUGCUCGACGAAAUGCGAUCGAGAGACGAGAGCAAGACGGCUGCCAAUGCCUCCUAG